AUGCGAGCAACUCUCGUCUGCGCCGCUCUCGCGCUUGCUAGUGCUCCCGGUGCGCUAGCUUGGGGUGCCGCUGGUCACGAAAUCGUUGCGACUAUCGCACAGAUGCACCUCCACCCAGAUGUCCUUCCUGUGCUCUGCGACAUACUCCAUCCUGGCUCUUCCAAGGAAGCGGACUCAAAUGGGUACCCACCUUGUCACCUCGCUCCUAUCGCUGCAUGGGCCGAUCGCGUCCGUAUGACUCCCGCGUACCGGCACACCGCAAGCUGGCACUACGUCGGCGCAAAGGACGACAUGCCCGGGGAGUCGUGCGUCUUCCCUGGCGAGCGAGGCUGGGCUGGUCGUCGCGACUCGAAUGUACUUGCUGCGCUCGGAAACCAGACCUACGCAGUUGCCGGGUUCCUGGACGGCGAGGUCGGGCUGGCAGAGGCAGCAGACGCACUCAAGUUCCUCGUGCACUUCGCAGGAGAUAUGCAUAUGCCGCUGCAUCUCACUGGACGAGAGCGCGGCGGGAAUGGCGCGAAGGUGACGUUCGAUGGGAGGAUGACGAACUUGCACUCCGUCUGGGACAGCUUCCUCCUCGCCCAAGCGCUGCGGAGCAUCCCCGCGAACUACUCACGCCCGAUGCUGGGCGACCUCGAGGUGCACCUCCGCGGCGCGAUCUACGACGGCUACGUGCGCAGGCUGAUGAUCGACGGCUUCGGGCUGUCUCUGAGGGACAAAGAUGGGGUCCAAGUCCGUUCUGGCGAAGGCCGCUUCGGUGCGGUGGAGGAAUGGCUGGCGUGCCCGUCAGAGGACGAAGACGACGAGGACGAGUUCGCGGAACAGGAAUCUUCGGUCAUGCAGACGGUCCUGCGCAGCGUCGGUCGCGUGCUCAGUCUCGAAGGACGUAGCGAGGUCGUCACGCGCAACGGCGGCGUGCGCCGCCGCAGACACAACAGGCACACAAAGCGCGCGCGCGGGCUCUGGAGCUGGCUAUGGGCGGGCAAGGAUGAGGAGCGCUGGGACGACGACGUACUCUGCCCGUAUGCGUGGGCGCGCGCGAUCCAUGAGCUCAACUGCGAGUUCCCUAUCUGGCCUGCGGAGCUCGACAAGGUCGCUGCCGCGGGCGCGCACAGCUCUAGGUCGGUUGAUGUCGAGGGCUCGUCGUUCGAGCAUCAUGACUGCGAUAUGGACGGCGGGGACGCUGCGAUGGAGGCAGCGGGCCGUCCCCCCCGCCCGCAUCCCGAGCUGCUCGAACUCGACACGCCGGAGUAUGCGGGGCGUGUGCGCGAGGGCUGGGUCGUCGAGCGUUUGUUGGCGAUGGCGGGCAUUCGGCUCGCGGGCAUCCUCAAUGGGCUCGUCUUGGGCGAGGGCGAGAAUGACGUGCGGAUUCACUGA